AUGGAGAAGACCUUAAUCAGCAAAGAAGACUAUUUGCAGCAUUUUGGCCCCCAAGACUACGCGAAAACCUACUACUCUCUUAGCCCGGACAGCGGCUCAGAAAACACCAUUUUAACAUUCUCUCUGAAAAACCUUCACAAGGCCUUCAUUUUGGAUGGCAUUAAGGGAGACACCCUGAUUGACAUCGGAAGUGGACCCACCAUCUACCAGUUCCUCUCGGCCUGCGAGUCCUUCCGAGAGAUCAUCGCCACCGAUUUUACCGACCAGAACCGGGAGGAGAUGCAGCGGUGGCUGAGGAAGGAGCCAGGAGCUUUCGACUGGAGCACGAUAGCGAAAUUCGUCUGUGAGCUGGAAGGGGACAGGGAGAAAUGGGUUGAAAAGGAAGAGAAGGUCAGAAGAACCAUCAAGCAAGUCCUCAAAUGUGACGUGACUCAAGCCAGCCCUCUUGCUCCCUUGGUGGUGCCUCCGGCCGACUGUGUGCUCUCUCUCCUCUGUCUGGAAUCGGCUUCCAAAGACCUCCCCACCUACAGCUCAGCCGUGAAGAAUGCGGGUUCUCUUGUGAAGUCUGGAGGGCAUCUCAUCUUAGUGACGUGCCUUGAAUCAACCUUCUACAUGGCUGGCCAGAAUCGGUUCUUCUGCCUCUACUUGGAACAAGAGAACGUUGACAAUGCUGUGAAAGCGGCUGGCUUUGAUAUUGUUUGGGCUAAGUUGGAACGAGUGGUUUAUUCAGUGGAUGUGAGCAACAAUCGGGGCAUGUAUGCCUUGGUGGCCCAGAAACAGCAGUGAAAUAUAGGUGCCAGUGUAAGAAAGAAAAAAACAAAACCAUCAAAAACUAGAUGAACAUGAUCCAACUUAUGUA